AUGGAAAGAGGAGUGUAUUUAUCUAACGAAAGAGACUACAACCAUGCUACUGACAAGGAGUAUGAAAAAUUGAGAAAACUGGCCGACCAGGCACAUGAUAAAAGGAACAAGCUUUCUCACGAGUCACAGAGCGCUUUCAAGCGCGGUGACAAAGCCAAAGCUGCUGAAUUGUCGCAACAGGCCAAGGAACAACUCGACAUAGCAGAGAGAUAUAAUGCCCAGGCUGCGAAUUAUGUGUUCAUUGAGAAUAAUGAGGACUCUGACCGAGACGAAAUUGACCUUCAUGGUUUGUUCGUUAAGGAAGCACAGUAUAUCUUGAAACAACGUAUCACCACGGGGAUUCAGAGAAACGAAACCCAUCUCAAGGUGAUCGUUGGUAAGGGACUUCACUCCGCCAACGGGGUGGCCAAGCUGAAACCUGCAAUUCAAGAGCUUUGCCAAGAUGCUAACCUCAAGAACUAUAUUGAUCCUAAGAACACAGGUGUUCUGGUGAUUGAAUUGCAGAAUGCUAACAUUCCAGCAAGUUGGUCUCAAAAUGCCCAGCACUUCAACAUGCCUCAGGCUCCACAAGCUGCCUAUGGCCAACAGCAACCUGCGUAUGCUCAGCAGACCCAACAAAAUCAACAGGGUUACAACCCAUAUGCCCAGCAACAGCAGUACCAAGGGUCCAACCAACAAGGGUCCAACCAACAAGGGUCCAAUCAACAGGGCUUCCAGUUUGCGGGAAUGGACCAGCAACAACUUCAACAGGCGGCCAAAACUGCUCUGCCUUUCUUGAAGGCAAUUUGCAAUUGUAUCAAGAGCAAUAUGUAA